CACAGAAUGUUUAACAAUUUUAAUUUAAACUCAUUAAAUCUACUUACUUACGAAAACGAAAAUGAAGCUAAUUAUCAAAGAUAAAACGAUGGAUAAAGGAGAAGAUUUGAAAAGUACUACAGUAUGCAUGCGAAUAAGCUACUCUGUUGUUCGAGUGAUUUUAUGAUAUAAUAUCAUUGCAAUAAUGAACUCAUCUGUUAUCAGUGAUAGUCUCAGUUGUGAUAACAACAAUGUUAUUAAUCAAAACAGUAACAGAACCAUAAAUUAUACAAUCCAGUCACUUGAUGAUGUAAUUACUGGUGAGGAGCAAAUCAAUAAAGAAGCUGUGUGGUUCCAUAAUGAGUGGAAGAAGUCAUCAUUCUUGUCAAAUACACUGAAUGACUUUAAAAAGCAACAAUCUGAUAGCAAGCUUAUACAUGACCAUUCAUCACAAUCACAACUAGAAUUUUCUAUGAAUGAUCAUGGUACAGAUAAAUUCGAGGAUGAUAAUGAUGAAAAUGAUGACAGCAGUGACGAUGAAGACAAUGAUGAUGAGGAAGACGUAGAAGAGGAAGAAGUGGAACAGAGAAGUCAACGGCAGCAUCACCACCAACAAUAUCACCUCACAACUAAUCUUAAUUUAUCCAAUUUCACUAUAAAUACAAGUGAUUCAGGAAUCCCAACCCUACUAAACAAUACUAGUGAUAAUUAUAAAACUCAUAACCUUGAUAGAUUUUUACCACUAUCUGUAGAUAAUAAAUGUCCAGUUUGGUUGUCAAAUAGAGAGACUGAUACAACUGCUCUUUCCAUACUACGAUCAUCUUCAAUAGAUUCUCCUGUUACAAACUACUGUAAACAAGAAGGUGACAAUGAAAUAAGACAGUUGCAGCAAACAAACGAAACUACGCAUAAUUCAAUGGAUAAACAACAAAUGUCUACAUCUCUCUUUCAGUCUACUAUUGAUUCAUCUUGGAGAAAAUCACUAUCGAAUCUUGGUUCAUGGUUAGAUGAACAAGUAUCACCAUCGUCUAAUCAUAAUGACAAUCAUUACCAUAGAAACCAGCAUCAAAAAUUCUCAGAGGAACAAAUCUGUACGGAGCAGAAAAUUAUGUCAGAGUCUUUGAUAAAUACAGAAAAAAAUCUAACAAGAUUUACAACAGAUGUAACAGUGAAUUCAUUUAACCAAUUAUCAAGUGAUAAACAUAGAUUACAACAACAACAACAAUCACUUAUCUCGGGAAUGCAUCAUCCAAAUGGUGAAUUAAUCACCAAUGGUGAUAAUCUGAUGAAUAUUUGUUGCGUGAAUAACCUCCAUCCUUCAACAUACACAGAUUUCAUGUCUAUAUGCAAUAAUAAUAAUAAUAAUGCUAAUGCUAACAAUAACAGUCAAGCCAAACAUUCGGACACAUUUCCAAUGUUCAAUUCAAAUCCCCUGUAUACACUAGAUCCUCCUUUUAGUAAUCGAAAUAAAACCAGUUUUAAUUUUAUAAAUGAUGUUUUCGCUAAAAAUCUAAUGGAUACAGCGUGCAAUAAAUUCGAUGUAAAUAUGUCACCAAUCAAUAAUAAUAAUAAUAAUGUCAUAUGGAAUUCUCCUAUAACAACGAUGACAACAACACCAACAUUACCGUCAGUAGGAACAGCAAAUUGUAUAAAAUCAUCUGUUCCACAUUUGACAGCUGCAACAGCAGCUGCAGUUGCAUUCCAUGGUUUAGAUCCGGCUACAACAGUCCAGAUGUUAAGAAUAUCAUCAUUGGCUAGUAAAUUGCGGAGUAAAGCUAAAAGUUUAGCAGAUGGUCGAGAGUGUGUUAACUGUGGGGCUACUCAAACACCAUUAUGGAGAAGAGAUGAAGCUGGGCAUUACUUAUGCAAUGCAUGCGGUUUGUAUCACAAAAUGAAUGGGACGAACAGACCAUUGAUAAAACCUAAAAGACGCAUGUCGGCAAAUCGCAAAGUCGGUACAUUUUGUGCUAAUUGUCGUACAUCUCACACAACAUUAUGGAGACGUAAUCAACAAGGUGAUUCAGUUUGUAAUGCGUGUGGUCUCUAUUACAAAUUACAUCAUAUAAAUCGACCAUUAUCAAUGAAGAAAGAAGUAAUUCAAACAAGAAAUAGAAAGCUAACUCAAGCUAAGAAAAGGAAAGAUCUAGAGCACUUUUCAAAGCUAUUAACGUCUGCUACAACAUUAGCUACUGAAGAGGCGGGAGAAGAUAGUUCAAAUUCAAGAAUGAGGCAAUGGUGUAGAAUAGCUCAAAAUGAAAGAAAACCAUUCUUCUCUGAACUGACCAAAAAUAAUUUACAAAUAAUUACAAACAAUACAAUUAAUGAUAAUACAAAUAAGACAAAAACGAAUCUAGAAUAUCCAAUAAAAGAUUUUUAUUCAUGUUCAAAGUUUUAUCAGAAUACAUUUGAUAAAAAUUGUUAUACAUAUUUAAAAGAAUCUACUGGAGAACAAAAUGAAGGUGAUCAGUUAAAUGCAACAGCUGUCGCUGCAGCAGCUGCGAUGGCAGCCAGUUGUUAUAUGAAUGUUUCACCGACUCAUUCAACGAGUUUAAAUUCUGUUUUGUCUAAAACUUCAUCAUUCAUUCCAUUGACACAUUCAACAACAUCGACAACAGGAUUGACAACAACGACCGCUAUAACAACAACAACAACGACAUUUCCAUCACUAACUAGUUUUAGCUUAUGCAAUGGAAAGACAACAGUUGAUGAAAUAAAAAUAGAAGGAACAAAGUCACCUAAUAAUUCUCAUUUUGUACAUCUUAAAUAUAUUCAAACUGGAAUUAUCAAUCAGAAUUCACAGCACAAUUCUUAUCUUGAUGCCAGUCAAUUUAAUGAAAGUAACACUUCUAUUUCAGUCCCUUGGAAUCAAUUUGCUUCUAAAGAUUUAUAAACUAACAAUCAGAAAAAUGCUGCUCCAACACAACAACAAACCAACAUGAUUUAACAGGGCAAUUAUGUGUAUAUUAUAAAGUUCCAAGUACAAUUUGAUUAUUAUGUAAAACAAUUCCAAUGAUUUCUAACUAAAAUAAUUAUUAUUAUUGA